GGUGCCAUCGUGAGACUGACCGAAGUUCCUACUAGUAGAAAUCAACGCCCAUGUUCUUUCCGGAUCAUUUCUAGACCUCACACAAGACAAUCGUUGUGUUAGUGCUCGAGCGUGCCCUUUGUACGCAAAGCAUACGAUAGUCUCGCUCAUCAUGGGAUACGGGGCACCUUCGAAUCACCUAUGAGGGUGAUAGCCGAGUGUUCUUGCGAAGAUAUUCGCCAGAGCAUGCCGCUAUGAGCGUAAAAGGACUCACAAGGCUCAGAGCACUACAUACUGGGUGUAUCGUUGGUGGUGUGUUCUGCCUCUGAGAAGUCUCUGCCGUAAAACAGCAGUUGUCGAUAGUAGUAAACCUUCCUUUCUUCCAUUGAUCAAGUUCUUCUAUGUAUGUAAUAUCGGACGGCUCACGGCUCUGGAUGAUUGACUUCAGAUUUUUCCCAGCCUCCAAACUACGGUUCGACGAUAGAGCUUCAGGCUUAACCUCGACAACCUCCAUUCCCGAUGACAUCAUCAAUAGCCUCUCCUUCUCCGCAGCGCACACAAGACCUCGCGGACACCGGGAAAGUCAGCCCCGUCGACUUUCAGAAGCCACUCAAAGAUGUCGAGCAGAACGGUGCAUCCUGGCUCUCUGUUCUACCAAUCAGCGAGAAUAUUAGGUCCAAUAGCGGGCGCACGUCACCGACUCUCCUGGAUGCAGAGAAAGGGAAACCAUUGAAUGUCAUCUAUGUCGACUUUGAGCCGGGCGACAUGCGCAACCCCGCGAACUGGUCGCGCCGACGCAAAUGGCUCGUUACCUUUGUCGCGUCGUAUUUCACCGCCCUGACCGGCGCAACCGCCUCGGCGUACUCGAUGGGCUUUCCCUCGAUGAUGCGCGACCUCGGGUGCAGCCAAGAGCAAGCUGCCCUCGGCAUCUCCAUGUUCUGUCUCGGCUUCGCGCUCGUCCCGCUCCUCACAUCUGCCUUUUCUGAAGAGUUCGGCCGCAGACCGCUCUAUGUUGUCUGUACCAUCGUCUUUACCGCCAUGUACGUCGUCCAGGCGAGCGCGAAAAAUAUCCAGACUGUGAUUGCCGCACGCUUCAUCUCCGGCGCUUUUGGCUCGACGGGUGCGACGAUGGUGGGUGGUACCGUCGCAGAUAUAUGGCAGCCAGCAGAACGCGGGCUGCCUAUGGCGAUUUACUCUCUCUUCGCCGUCGCUGGAACCGGGACAGGCCCGAUUAUUGCAGGUUGGAUUGAGAUGUCGAUGGGCUGGAGGUGGAUCCAGUGGUUCCAUACCAUGGCUGGGGGUCUUUGCAUAGUCCUCACUUUCACCGUCUGCAAAGAGACGCGCACAGGCAUCAUGCUCACCCGCAAAGCUAAGAAGCUCCGCGCCGAGACAGGCGACCUGCGGUAUCGCGCCAAGGCCGAGGUCGAGCGUGGGUCGAUGAAAAGGCUGCUAUGGGUCAGCUCAACGCGACCAAUCAUCCUCCUCACCACGGAGCCGACGGUGAUCGUUUUCAGCGUUUGGAUUGCCUUCGCAUGGGGCAUCAUGUACAGCAUGUUCGAGUCGAUCCUGCCCGUCUUCCAGAGCCUGUACGGCUUCAAUCAGGGCCAAGUAGGCCUAACCUUCAGUGGUAUGACCGUUGGUGCGCUGCUCGGCUUUGUGACCAACUUCUACCAAGAGUCUCUCUACCGAAAGUAUUUCCCCUUUCGCGGCCCUGAAGCUCGACUGUAUGCCGCCUGCGCCGCGGCGGCCAUGUUUCCCGCGGGCAUGUUUAUCUAUGCGUGGUGCUCGCAAGUUGAUAUCCACUGGAUCGUACCCAUCAUCGGUGUCACGCUGUUCAUGUGGGCAACGUUCAUCAUGUACCUCGCCGUCUUCACAUAUCUUGCGGAUUGCUAUGGUAUUUACGCCUCAUCUGCUCUCGCCGGGCAGUCCCUCCUUCGAAACCUCAUGGGAACCGCUUUUCCACUCUUUACGACGCCGAUGUACAACCACCUUGGCUACCACUGGGCUUCGAGCCUGUUUGGGUUCAUAGCGGUUGUGAUGAUCCCUAUACCAUAUGUCUUGAUGUUCUUUGGUCCAAAGAUUCGCGCGAAGAGCCGCUUUGCAAGCACCGUCGUGCAUAAGCAGAGCUGAAUGCCUAUGCCAGCAGGCUGGAAAUUCCGCGGCAAGCGACCCUGAGCGUAGUAUGCUCCAUGGACUGAGAAGUUGGCACUCAGAAAAGGAAGACAGGGAAGGAGCCCCAAAUGACCAAAGAAAACUUACAACUCUUUACAUAAAAGAAUAAUGGCUCAUUUUGGAGUCCUUCGAAACAUUUGCUUUCACACAAGAGUUGUCUAAUGAUUUCUUUGUGCAACAAAAUGAGAUCGAGGGCGUGGGCAAACGAGAGGAACGCGCAGGGUUGCAAUAUCAUGGGACUGCGUGGGUCUUCCCCGCACGACCAUAGGAG